CUACGAGUGGGAGGACGAUGGGCGUCGCUCCAUGCUUCAGAUAUGCGAGUUUGAGGCCUAACAUGUUCGGACGUGCUUAUUGUUACCGGACAUCAAUAUUUUUUAUUAUUAACUGUUAUUUUAUUUUAAUCGCAAUGAGCGCAAUAAACAGUGCCGAAUGGUAUGCGCUCGUAAAAUAUAAAAGUGAUAAUACUACUGAGAUAGUGCCACUGUGCAAAAUUAAAGUAAAAGUGGGUAAAGGUUUACGAAUACCAUUCAAACCAAAAUCAUUGACAGAUUUUGAUAAAACGGCUUUUUAUGCUGUAAACACUGCGCGUGGCAGCAACGAUGGGAAAGAGCAUAAAUGGUAUGCUUUAAUCGGCUUACUUGCUGAUUCUCGAGAGGCAUUAGAACAUACCAUGAAUGUUAAGAGAAUUAGUUGGCCUAACAUGUAUUAACAUGAUGAAUCAUCAGAACCAAACACAACUGAUGAUGCAUUAGAGCGAGCAAGACCAUGUAAUUUUAUUAUUGCUAGUAAUCGUGAUUCCAUU